GUGCUAAGUUCCAAGUUUUCCCUCCAAAUGAGAGCUCUGCAAGGGCCCACCCGCCGCCGCCCUGAGUGUGUCGCGAAAGGGCGAUCAGAGAGCUGGACAUGUUUUGCGAGUUGCAAAGAAGCGGACAUUUGGGAAAGGUUUUUGAGCUGAUUGGAAGAAACGGGUAUGGUUGUGUGGGGCAGGCUCCGAGGCUCAUGUGGUAGGACGAGGACCUACAAACCUUUGGCCAGCAUCUUUGAUUUGUAACUAACUAGGGCCCGCCGCUGACAGGGAGCCUUUGCAUACAAGCUUUUCAAUAGGUUUUGCAUAUUGAGCUUGCCUAGAUACUGGCCAUUAGUUGGUUGCUCGCUAGCUCUCUUUGACCUCUUCUCUUGAUUAGCUUAUGCAGAAGUUUGAGACAAGCCGAGACAAGCCAAGGUCCACACUGUCUCAAUAGACUUUAUCAUACGGCAAGGGAGGAUUUGGAAGCACGGCAAUGGAUUUUACUGUCAGUUACCUCCAGGAGGCCGCCAGGGAUGACACAGCAGAUGAUCCAAAUGCUAGAGGGUUUUAUAACCCGAGGGUGAAGGUGUACCGCUUAAAUGAUGAUGGCAAGUGGGUGGACAAGGGCACAGGGCAUGUUUCGGUCGAGUAUCUAGAGCGCUUGGAUGCAGUGGGCCUGGUUGUCAUUGAUGAAGAGGAUCAGAACACCCUCCUGGUGCAUAGGAUAUCGGCGGAUGAUAUCUACCAAAGACAGGAAGAAACGAUAAUUUCCUGGACAGACCCAGAAGUAGCGACAGACUUGGCCCUGAGCUUUCAGGAAACGAUGGGGUGCAAUUACAUCUGGGAGCAAGUCUGCAGCGUGCAGCGCCAGAUCCAGUUUCCGACCGUAGGGCUUGCCGAGGGCCCACGGCAGCUCAGCGAAGAUCUGGAGCACUCGGGGACAUCCCAGGAGGAAGAAGACCACUUUCAAGAGCCGAUCGUGAACGACUCAGUCGAGUUGCCGCGGCCGGAGCUUAGCAAUCUCCCUCAGCUCGCGAAGAUUGUGUCGGAGGUCUCCCCCUUCCACCGGGAGCGGGUGGCGUCCUUGAUGACGAGGGACCCCACCUACCUGAAGCGGUUACUGGACCUAUUCCGCUUCUCGGAGGACCUGGAAAAUACGGAGGGGCUGCACCUGAUGUACAAGAUCGUGAAGGGGAUCAUUAUGCUGAAUGACAACAGCAUCUUUGAAAUAAUCUUUCGGGACGACUGCAUCAUGGACAUCGUGGGGGCCCUGGAAUACGACCCCGAUGCUCCCCAAAAGGCAGAGCAUCGCAAGUACCUGAACGAGCAGGUCUCCUUUAAGGAGGCGGUGCCCAUCCGCGACCCGAACACGCUCAGCAAGAUUCACCAGACGUACCGCAUCGGGUACAUCAAGGACGUCGUCUUGCCGCGAGUGCUUGACGAUCAGACCUUCGGCUCGCUCAACUCGCUCAUGCUGUUCAACCAUGUAGAGGUUAUCAGCAGCCUACAGAACGACCGCAUGUUCUUGGGGGAGUUGUUUGCUGCAUUGCGGGCGCGCCAGGACACUGACAAGAGCUGGCAGGAUAUAGUCUACUUUUUGCACGAGUUUUGCUCGCUCUCCCGACACCUACAGCCACAACAGCGCAACCAUCUCUACCAGUCCCUCAUCAUGGCGGGCCUCUUCGAGGUCGUGUCCCGCAUCCUGGAAAGCUCGGACGAGAAGCUCCGCCUGGCGGGAUCCGACAUCCUGAUGUGCACCCUCACUCACGACCCCGCGUCGCUGCGCAACUUCCUGGCGGGCGCCAAGGGUCGGCCGCUGUUUGCGCAGCUCAUGCGCGGCAUGCUGACGCCCAGCGAGGGCGGCCUGCAGGCACAGCUCUUGGAGAUGAUGCGCAUGCUCCUCGACUCGGACUCCAUGGAAGCGACCGAGAAGAGCUCGUUCCUGGACCUGUUCUAUGAUGAUUACAUCGAGCAGCUGGUGGCGACGCUGGUGGCGGGGUGCAAGACGGGCAAGGACGCGGAGGACGUGGUGACCAAGCACGUCGUGGGGCGGCCGAUGGGGUCCAAGGCGGCCAUCCCCGUGAAGCUGCCCGUGGACGAGAGUCUCAUCACCGCCGAGACGCUGAACCACAUCUGCGAGCUGCUCACCUUCUGCGUGCAGCACCACAGCUUCCGGAUCAAGUACUACGUGCUGCGCAACAACGUGGUGGAGAAGGUGCUGCGGCUGACGCGGCGGCGCGAGAAGUACCUGGUGGUGGCCGCCAUCCGCUUCCUGCGCACCUGCAUCGGGCUCAAGGACGACUUCUACGCGCGCUACCUCGUCAAGAACAACCUGUUCGCGCCCGUCAUGGACGCGUUCAAGGCCAACGGCGACAAGUACAACAUGCUCAACUCGGCCGUCAUCGAGUUGGUGGACUAUGUGCGCAAGGAGAACAUGAAGGCGCUGGUAUGCCACCUGUGGGAGACCUUCGGCGAGCUCUUAUCCGGCGUGAGCUACGUGGACACGUUCCAGAACCUGCAGAUCAAGUACAACCAGGUACUGGACGGCCCAGGCUCCCAGGCCGCCCCCGCCGACUUGGCCAACCGGGCGAUGCCCCCCAUGCCAGGGAUGGCGCGCGACGCGGACCAUGGCUCUCGGAAGAUGCGGGAAAACUCGCCGACGGGGCGGGCCGCUGCGAUAGCGGCCGCUCGGGAGAUGCAGCUAAGGAGGCGGAGAGACGGAAGCAUGGACCAGGACGAGGAGGCCUACUUCAGCUCCGACGGGGACGACGAGGACGAGGGCGAGCACCACAUCAAUGCGCGCAUCGACCAGCUGCGGGGGGGGCAUCCCCCCAUCGAAGGGCCCCCCCUACCCCAACCAACUGCGAAUGGCGGGGAGGCUACUGCGAUGGGUUUGCGCAACCCGUUCGGGUUAGUGGACUACGAAGACGAGGACGAGGAGUCCCCGCCAGGCAGCUCGGGCGGGAAUGGGCUGGGCCCGCACGGGCGGCAGGAGAACCACCCGCCGGCGGCCCCGCACUUGUGGCCCGGGGCGCAGCAGAGGACGGGCAUCUGGGGGGACGGCUUGGCGCUCAAACGGGGGCCCCUCAUGCGAGAGGGCGCGCUCGCGUUUCCCAACGGAUCGAACUUCGAGAGGGGGCCGCUGCGGGUUGCGCGGCGGAUGUCCCCGGGGCGGGACCACGGGUCGCGGCGGCGCGAUAUGGACCUGUCGCUGGAGCGGGAGGAGUACGAGGAGAAGAUGAAGCGGCGGCGCAUGAUGGCGGGCAAGGUGAACGGGGACGCGACUGCGGAGGAGGCGCGGCGGGGGCCCAAGGAGCGCGGCUGGAAGAGCACGCGCAGCAAGUGGCGGGAGCACCUGCUGAAGCGGGAGCGGCACGCGCUGGACGGGCUGCGGCCGGAGUUGGCGGCGAUGGAAGAGGAUGCGUCGCAGGUGCUACAAGCCUUCCAGGAGCGGGUCGAGAGCCCAGGGGGGGAGCCGCAGCAGGGCGAGACCGAAAACGAAGAAGGCAGGGAUGCGAAAGGCGCGAGUGAGUUGGGGUCGACGGGUGGCGAGGGGCCGUCUGGGGAGGCGGUUCAGCAGAUGGUAGUUGAGGAGGCAGGCCCCGCCACCGUGGAGAAUGCCGGGGAAGGGGGUCCGUUUAGGGACGUGCCGGAAGCGGAAGGGCCAAAAGAAGCUGGACCAGUUCGAGACGACUGGCAGGGGGGCUUGGACUUUCAGGGCGACCUUUCGACUAGCAAAGAGUCGGACAAUAAACUGAAGCUAGACAGCGAGCGAGGUUCUCAGCAGGAGUUGUUAGGAUUAGGGGGCGACCUUGCGAGGAGCAACCCAACCCCGGAGCCGUAUGAAGUAAGAUAAGGGGGGCCCUUAGCAACAGCCGUGUCUGUAUAGUAGUGUCAUUCCGGUAGUGAAGAAUCUUUCGCUCAGUUGUCCUGUGUCAGCCAUUGGGACAUUGGGUGGAUCCGAGCUCUGUUUGCUGGAGCAGUUUGGGGCAGGUCAGGAUGGUGUCAAAAUCGGUUUACUUGCAUUUCAAAACGUGAACGCCUUCUUGCAUGAGUGCUGGACUGAUAUGCGCAGUGAUCAUAUGCAAACUUUUGCUGAUUGGACAUUGCUGGAAAAGUGACGGGGGAGCAUGGUGG